ACAAUUGCUAUUGUGUCGAGUGACCCUUGGCAAGUCAUUCCUUCAGUUUUCUGCCAUGAAGAUGGCCCAUGCACCACCUGGUCAUCAUUCAGUCAUAGGACGACCCAGCACAGGAGGACUCAAUUAUGCUGAAUAUGUGGUUUAUCGAGGAGAACAGGCUUAUCCAGAAUACUUGCUGACUUUCCAAAUAUCCAAGACAGACACGCCGGAGGUGGCAAAAGCUUAG